AUAGAAUAAACACAUUUAUUACUUUUUAUGUUCUAAAUGCACAAGAGGCUUUACGUACUUACGAAAAGGUCCCACCACACCGAAAAGGCAACUUUGCACAGUGCACUGCUUUACCUUCAAACGUGGAUUGCAGAGGCUCACACAUUUGCCUAUUGCUUUUGUUCAUCUGAAGCUUUAACUGUACUUAUAGACACAUUUUUUAUCAGAAACGAAUACCAUAAAGCUAUUAGCUCCAAUGGCAGAGGCAGCAAAGAAGAAUGGCCACAUCGUGAUGAUACCCUUCAUGGCACAUGGCCAUAUCAUCCCAUUCCUCCAACUAGCACGACAAAUCCAACACAAGACAACCUUAAACAUCACCAUAGCCAACACCCCUCUCAACAUUCAAUACCUUCGAUCUGCACUUUCUUCCACUUCCCCUCAUCAAAUCCGUCUAGCUGAGUUACAUUUCGACCCUACCCAGCAUGGUUUGCCACCAAACGUAGAGAACACAGAAAAGCUUCCUCUCAGUCACAUAGCCAAAUUUUUUAAUUCAUCGCUCAGCCUUGAGGCUCCUCUGCGCUCUCUCAUAGCACAGAUCACAGAAGAAGAGGGUUACCCUCCACUUUGCUUAAUAUCUGACGUGUUCCUUGGCUGGGUUAACAGCGUUGCAACUAGCUUAGGUAUUAGGAAUCUAUGCUUCACCACUUGUGGUGCUUAUGGAACUUUAGCCUACAUCUCUAUCUGGUCCAACCUUCCUCACAGGAAAACAGACUCUGACGAGUUCUGGGUUCCGGGGUUCCCUCAAAACUACCGCUUCCACCGCACUCAACUGCAUAAAUUUAUAAGACAAGCUGAUGGCACUGAUGAAUGGUCACAGUUCUUCAUUCCACAGAUUGCACUUUCUAUGAAUUCUGACGGAUGGAUCUGCAACACGGUUGAGGAGAUAGAACCUUUGGGGUUGCAGCUUCUGAGGAAGUAUGUUCAACGUCCUGUUUGGACUGUGGGGCCUCUUCUACCCUCUGCUAAGGGUUCAAAACAUCGUGCAGGAAAGGAAUCUGGUAUAGCCCUUGAAGCUUGCAUGGAGUGGCUGGAUUUGAAGGAUGAAAAUUCUGUUGUCUAUGUUUCUUUUGGAUCACAGAACACAAUCAGUGCCUCCCAAAUGAUGGCGUUGGCUGAAGGGUUGGAAGAAAGUGGGAGAUCGUUUAUUUGGGUUGUGAGGCCACCUGUUGGUUUUGACAUUGAUGGAGAGUUCAAGGAAGAAUGGUUGCCAAAAGGGUUUGAGGAGAGAAUGAGAGACACCGAGAAAGGGUUGUUGGUGAGGAAAUGGGGACCCCAGUUGGAGAUUCUGUCACACAAAUCAACAGGAGUGUUUCUGAGCCAUUGUGGAUGGAACUCUGUGUUGGAGAGUCUUAGCAAUGGGGUGCCAUUGAUUGGGUGGCCACUGGCUGCAGAGCAAGCAUAUAAUGUGAAGAUGUUGGUGGAGGAAAUGGGUGUGGCUGUGGAGCUCGCUAGAACUGUGGAAAGUACCAUUACCGGAGAGGUGGUUGCGAAGGUUAUAGAUAUAGUGAUGGACAAUGGGAAGGGAAAGGACAUGAAGGAUAGGGCAAAUGAGAUUGCAGCUCACAUGAGAGAUGCCACAACAGAGAAAGGGGAAGAAAAAGGGUCUUCUGUAAGAGCAAUGGAUGAUCUUGUUACAACCAUUUUAUCACCCAAGCCUCUAUGAUUCGGAAUUUGAAUAACAA